UUUAUUCGUGUUUUGCAAAUGAUCAAAAUUUUAUUGUUGAAAAAUGUUUCCGUCCAUUAUAAUUUAGAUCUCAUUAUUCAAUGUUAUUCCAUUCAAAUCAAUCAAUAUCGAUUGUAUAAUAAAAUACAUGAUGAAAAGAGUUCCAUUAUUGACCAACAACAAACAACAACAACAACAACAACAACCAAAGUCAUUGAAAUUAUUCAUUUAUUAUUUCCAUAAUCACCGUCGUAGACGACGAAGACGUGGAAAAAUAAAACAAUUAAAAAACGAAACUUUUCGAGAAUUACUAUUUUAAUGAAUAUAUUCAUCAUCAAUCAAUCAAUCAAUCGAAUUAAUCUAUUUUCGUUUCUUUAUUAUUAUCAUCAUUCAUUUUACAAACAAACAAAAAAAUUGUUUCAACCGAAUUAAUCCAACAGCGAUCACAACUACAAAAAAAAUCUCAAAUUGAAUCAUCAUCAUGAUUCCGAAGGCUAUUCCUAUGGAAAUACGACAUAUCGUUUUUCUAUUAAUAUUUUUCAUUCUAUAUGUAAUAUUUGGCGGCAUUGUAUUCAUGUUACUUGAAUGGCCUGAUGAACAAAUUAAACGCAAAGAGAUUGGAUUAUUAUUGAAUGAAUUUACUGAACAUAUCAAACGUUUGAAUCAUACACAAUUCACGGAAGAAAAAUUUCGUUUAAUUAUACAUGAAUUAUUGAUGGCACAAGAUAACAAUCUAAUCGAUAGCUAUGGAAACCAACAGCCAUUUAUAAAUUGGAGUUUUAUUAAUUCAUUCUUUUUUGCAAUCACUGUGAUCACUACCAUUGGUUAUGGUCAUCUGACACCGCGAACAAUAAUGGGAAAAUUUUUCUGCAUUAUUUAUGCAUUGUUUGGCAUACCAAUUACAAGUCUACUUAUUGGCAGUGUUGCCGAUCGUUUUAGUAAAUUAUAUUCACCAAAAAAAUUACCACGCGGAUUGAAACGAACCGCACCAAAAUAUCAACGACAAUUAUCUGCACGUUUUCUAAUGUUAAGACGUGGACUGAUAUCAUUGGUACCAUGGUUUUUUACAUUUCUUGUUGUUCCAGCAUGGAUUUUUCGUUAUCUAGAAGGAUGGUCAUUCUUGGAUGGUUUCUAUUAUUGUUUUAUAACAUUAUCAACAAUUGGUUUUGGUGAUUAUGUUGUUGCCGGUGGUUUUGAAAAGAAUUAUAUCUGGAUCUAUAAGAUUAUUAUUGUAUUCUGGAUCAUAUUCGGUUUGGCAUAUCUGUCGAUGAUAUUGAAUUUUAUUACCAAUGCAAUACGUAGUCGAAGAAUAUCGAAUGUAAUGAAUUCAUUACGUGUAAAAAUUAAUUCAAAUGGUAGUCUUGUGGCACGUAUGCGCCGUAAUCAAAAUGAUGAUGAUGAUCAUCAUCAUCAUUGUCAUUUAAAUCAUCAUCAAUAUCAACGACAACAACAACAAUUUCCAAGUCCAAGAUUUAUUAAUAAUAAUUAUCUAAUUAAUGAUGAUUAUAGUAGCUAUAAACAACGGCCAAAUUCAUCUAUAUUUAAUAAUUUUGAAUCCGAACAUUUAAAACAUGGACAAAAAUCAACGAUGCAUUUAUUCCAUGUUUGGAAAAUAUUUAAAUCAAAACGAACAAAAAUUCAAAAAGAAUCAAACAAAAAAUAAUGCGUCCGACGACAAGUCUUCCGGAACUAUCCGAAUGUAUGGUACGAACACAACAAGUGGCCACCAUAACAAUUGUUUAAAGAAGCUUAAUAGUUUAUUAUUAUUAAUAUAAUAUAAUUUUUCAUUGAACAUCAUUGGUCAUUAAAAA